ACAAUAAUCAUAAUCUUCAACCCUCAUCAUCCCAUCUCUAGUCACCGCAGCUCAAAGCAGGGACCGCUGAUCGCGAGCGGGGUGAGAACCGACCCCCAGCGGAGGGGAGCAAAACGACACAACGCCUUCAUACCUGAAAAGAGUCUGGAGAAAUUUCUCAUGUACAUCAGCGACAGCUUAAAUCCGAGUAGACAGUAUACCCGGUGGACCUUUCUCUCCUCUGGGAGCUUUAGUUGUGAGAGGAGCGAGAUCACCGGAGAGCCCGGCGAGAGAGCGGCCCGCAGCACAUGAUGAUCUCACGUCAUCAUCAUGGGCCGCAGCGUCGGAUACAUUAAAUUGGCGGGGGUCGCAUCACCGACACACCCUUUUUAGAGUUACACUCGUUUAUCUAUUAAGACUCCAGAUUCUGGUUAAAACACAAGGUGCAUAAAGCACGCAACUCCCGUAAUAUGUAAAGAAAGGUGCAGACACGGGACGUUAAAAUCAGCCUCACCCGUCCGCCUCCGUCGCGUACAUUAUCUUAAACGAAACGACCUGUGACAGUCGGUAAGUAGAAGUGUAGAAACAGCACACACUCUAGUGCCAGUGAUCAAUAAAGUAAACAAUCCGCCCUACGCAUCCCGAAAAGCGCCGAGUGACGACGGUGGGGGAAACUCCCCGGAUGAGCGACCCGUGGGCCUAGUGAUCACCACCGCUCGAGUGAACCUAUAGCCGGCUAGCACCGCUACACCACCGCGGUCCCUGAGAGAGAGAGAAGCCCGGAGAACCGCCAAGAUGUUCGGGGCGUCGCGGUCCGGCGGCGUGCGUGGAGGCCAGGACCAGUUCAACUGGGACGACGUGAAGGGCGACAAGCACCGAGAGAACUAUCUAGGGAACUCUUUGAUGGCCCCAGUCGGUCGCUGGCAGAAGGGAAAGGACCUGUCGUGGUACGCCAGAGACAAGAAGGACGGGACACCUCUGACCAGGGAGGAGGAGUUGGCGGCGGUUAAAGCCGCGGAGCAUGAGGCCCUACUGGCUGCACUAGGGCACAAAAAUAUAAAGAGGCAACCCACUGGCUUAACCAAAGAGGACUUUGCCGAUGUGUGCAGGCGGGAGGACCCUGCUGGAGAGGAGAGAGACGUGGACCGUAUCUCCGGCCUGGGCAGCUCCAGUGCUGGAUCACGGAAAAUCCUGCUCUCAGAAAAGGAGAAGGAGGCUGCAAAAAUGGGCUUGUCUGUCUUCACCCAUCACAAAACGGAGGCUAAUCCUGAAGCCUCAACCAAACAGCCGAGUGAGGGUGUAGAUAAGGAGACGGGACAUGAGGGCAAAAAGAAGAAGAAGGAAAAGAAGAGCAAAAAGGAGAAAAAGAGGAAGAAGGAAAAGAAGAAAAGGCAAAGAAAAGACUCGUCUUCUUCAGAUUCAGAUGACCACAGGAAAAGGCACAGAAAGGACCACCAUCAUCAUAAUCCAUCAUGCCACAGUCAGAGUGGAGCCAGACCCCAUGACAGCUAUUCAAGGGGGGAGGCAAAGGCCGAGCGGCCCCCCUCCUCCCUUCCCCGUCGCCAGCGGCGACACGACACAGACUCCUCCGACGGGGGGUCCCACGUCCCCCGAAACAGAGGCGGUGGCAAGGUGACCCCUGUGGCUAGCACACAGAGCCACAGGCGACGCCACGACACAGACUCUGACGACUGAUGUAGCCCGCCAACCUUCCCCUCGGAGACACACACACAACACUCUGGACGGGAUAAUGAGCCCUCCGGCCCCCCACAGACCACCUGACCGUUGGUGUGUGUGGACCAGACCAGUGGAUGUGUUCCUCUCGGGCACAAACUCGGGGAAACUGCUGGGUUGAUUUUUUAUUUUUUUUAUUGACUGAAGACAUGCAUCAUCAGACGUCUUAUUUUUCAAUAAUUUUAAUAAAUGCUUAAAAUGACUAUUGGUGUGAUUCAAAU